AUGCGGGCUCAAACCAACCAAGCAACCGCUGCCUCUGGUGCGGGCCAGGGGAACAAUGGCAUGACCAAUUCGUUCCACCAUGAGCCUCGUACUCCUUACGCAUCCGGCUAUUCGCCAGUUCAUGAGAACACUGCGACAAUGAGUCAAGUCCCCGGCGUCAACUUCCAGAAUCACCAUUCAAACUAUGCCGGUAGAGGUCGAACAUCCGCCCCGGUGAACAUGAACGCCAAUAUGGACUGGUCGGUUGCCAAUGGCACUCCCUACAGCAACAAUAACCCAUUCAUUGUCGUGCCAAAUCCCGCCUUCAACAAUGGCCUGGCCCAGGUUCCAUCUUUCCCCCCGGUUCUUGUCUUCGAACAUAUGAACACCAUGAUGCCGGCAAACCCGUGGACCUACAUGAUGAGCGGUGCAUUUGCGAACAGAAAUUUCCAGCAACCUCCGUGGAUCGUACCCGCUUGGCAGAAGGCCACCAGAGCCCGGGGCGAGAACAAUACGCCCAUGCAGUUCCAGGGUCCAGUCACUCCAAACAUGGACAGUCCUACUUUCCCUGGUGUGAACAUGUACCCACAGGUCGGACCCUACUCACUGCAAAUGAUGAGAUCUGCAACUGGAUAUGUUCCCCAGGAUAUGGAGGCUCUCACGCAGCAGGAGCCUGCAAUUCCCCGUGCAGUGCCCGCCAUGUGGACCAACCCAUCCGAGCUCACUCUCGCCAAAUGCCUUGAGAACCGUGAGGGCAUCACCAACGUCUACAUCCGAGGCUUCCUUCCUGAGACGAAUGAUGAGAUGCUUUAUGCAUAUGCCGCUCGAUUUGGCAAAAUUGAACGGUGCAAGGCCAUCGUUGACCUUGAGACGGGUCUUUGCAAGGGAUUUGGAUUCGUCCAGUUCGAAUUAUUCGAGUCCUGUGAGAACUGCAUUCGUGGGUUCUUCUAUCUUGGCUAUCAAGCCAGUUUUGCCCAGAAAUCUCGCAACUCUCGUCUCAAGGAUUUGGAGGAUAAGUCGUCAACCAAUAUCUAUUGCACCAACAUUCCAAUCGACUGGACAGAAGCGGAUCUUCGACGUCACUUUGAGCCCUAUCAGGUUGUGUCGGAGAAGAUCAGCCGAGACGAGGAAACUGGCGUGAGCAAGGAAGUAGGCUUCGCUCGCUUCGAAACCCGUGAAAUUGCUGAGACAGUGCUGGCCGAGUUCCACAACAUCACCGUGGAGCAUGACCAUGUGAAGUUGCUGUUGCGCUUUGCGGACACCAAGGCCCAGAAGUUGUUGAAGCAGCAGAGCAACGAGCGUCGCGCAUAUCGGGCCGGAGAGUACAAUUACUCGGUCGAAGUUGUACAGGGAUCGACCCCAUCGCCCCCCAUGCCGCGGCGCCUUCGACUGACUUCUGUCCACGUCACACCCAACUCUCAGCAGAGCGUCAAUAUCUCGCCAGGCGAAUUGGGCUCGACCAAUUCCGACUGGACACCUGCAACUUCAAUCUCGCCUACCUACGCCUUGAUGAAGAAGCCUGGAAAGGGAGUGCCACGUACUUCUCCACCUCGAAGCCUGAAAGCGUUGGAGAAUACCCCAAUGUACCGACGCGGGUUCAUCCAUCGCCGUUCGAUGACUGAAAUCUCCAGUUCGUCCAAGACGGCUCGUCCCGACUCUGACAACCUCGAGACUCAAUCUUGCAUGUCAUUUGAGGUUCACUCUCGCAGUUCAAACCCCAAGAAGGGCAACUCCAGAGCUGGCUCGAUGUCCCCCAUUCCAUCUCGAGUGAAGCUCACUGUUCUGACCCCUGAGUCUUGA